CGACACAUCACUACCGCGGAACGCGAAAGACUCAGAAAUACCGGUGUACCCAUAUCGAUGCUUUUGACGAAAUUAUGUUGCAUUAAAGGAUUUUUCAGCUGCCCUCUUCUUUUUCUGAAAUCGUUUAAGUGCGUUUUGCCCUCCUUGUCUCAUGGUCAACGCACAGUCACUAAUACACUUGCAGCACAGUGUAAAUCUAAACCCCAGAAGAAGGUUUGUAAGACUGUCCUGAAACAUUUCGAUGCACAGUACAGUGAAGAGCUUGGAGAGCAGUGGCAUAGUGCAAGGGAUGUGCUUUUGAAUCCACUGUCAUGGCAAUACGGUGUACUGCUUAAUCGCUUCAGUGACCUUACAAACCUCAAGCAGUGGCUCGCAGAGCUUGGAUACACAAACCUCCUUCCACAGACACAUCCUAAAUCCCAGACGGCACACAUCCCCCUGCAGUGUUUUAUUCACCAAGAUCCAGUGCGUAUUCCCACCCAAAGCCACCACCCCGGCUGGUUAAAACAGUACUUCCUCCUAAACGCAGCCUCUCUUCUCCCAGUACUGAGUUUGAACUUGAAGGAAGGGGAGAAUGUGCUUGAUCUUUGUGCGGCUCCUGGAGCGAAAAGUCUGGCCAUAUUACAGACAUUCACUCCUGGGCUCCUGCACUGUAAUGAGGUGGAUCGGCACAGGCAUGAUUGGCUACUGAAGACUCUUGAAUCAUAUGUUCCUCCUGCGCAACGACAUCUGCUUUCAGUGACUCACCUGGACGGCCGGAGCAUUGGGAGCGUGCAGCCAGGGGCUUACGACAAGGUGCUUGUAGAUGCCCCAUGCUCUAAUGACCGGAGUUGGCUUUAUACCCCUGAUACCAACCAAGGGGAAAUGUGGCUGAAGGAGAGAACUCAACUACCACUCUUACAGAAGGAGCUGCUCUGUGUCUCCUCGUCUCCAGAGCUAUGUUACCCAGUACAGUUUGGUACAGUCGUCGGAACCAUUGUCUUCUUGCAGCAGAUUUCCAUUGUUUUAGAUGUUUGGUAUGGUGUUAAAAAUGACAAUCUGGCAAGCUUUUGGGAGCUCUGCCUCAUUGCUCAUGAUAUGCUGACGCAUCAGGUCAAUUCAAAACUGAGUGUGAUCUCUGCUGAAGACCUGAUGAGAAGGCAGAUUAGUGGCACUAAGGAACAGAAGAUUGGCAGCUAUAAGAGAACCAGGCUGGUCAUCUGGGAUGUGGGGCGGCUGUAA